AUGCGUCUUCUAGUACUUUUAUCGACACUUGUAUCAUUAUCCCUGUACCCCUUUGUAGGAGGUUCCCCCGUUCGCAGGUCAACAGAACCCACAGUCACACUGAGCUAUGGAGGAUUCCAAGGAAAGACAAGUGGGAAUCUUGUGAAGUUCCUCGGGAUGCCAUUCGCUGCACCGCCUGUCGGGAAUCUUCGAUUCGCUCCGCCCCAACCUCCAAUUCCCUUCGCCGGGGUCAAACCAGCCACCUCUUUUGGAGCAGCCUGCUUCCAGCAAUUACCUCAGGGAAUUUUUGCUGAUUUAAUUGCUCAAGGUGUAAUCCUCAACUUCACCACAACGCCCACUGAAGGGCCUGCUGGCUUGACAAUCAACGUCGUGGCGCCAGCUACUCUGACACCUGGACAGAAAGUCCCUGUCGUAUUCUGGAUGUAUGGAGGGGGGUUCCAGUUCGGAGAUGCCUCUGUCAAUCCAGGCGAUACCCUAGUGGCAAGGUCCAUUGAAGUCGGGGAGCCCAUUAUCUUUGUCUCGGCAAAUUAUCGAAUAAACGCUUUCGGGUUCCUGGGAGGAAAAGAAGUUAAAGAAGCAGGAAUAGGAAAUGCUGGACUUCGUGACCAGCGUUUCGCUAUGCAAUGGAUUCAAGAAAAUAUAUCACUCUUCGGAGGUGAUCCUACAAGAGUAACUAUAUGGGGAAGUAGUGCCGGUGCUAUAUCCGUUGGAUUACACAUGGUUGCAAACAACGGAGACCCGCAGGGACUAUUCCACAACGCGUUCAUGAUAUCGGGCUUCCCAAUGGCUCUUCACGACAUUGAACACCAGCAGCCUUUCUUUGACCAGCUUGUUAAAGACACUGGAUGUACUGGCUCGACGGACCCCAUUGCAUGUCUAAGGGCCGUGCCUUAUGACACCCUUGCUAACGCUGUCAAUCAAUCCCCUGGGUUCUUCUCCUUCUCGAGCGUCCAACUAUCUUGGCCGCCCACUGUCGAUGGUCAAUUUAUCACUCAAGAUCCACAGACUUCAAUUCAGCAAGGCCGAUAUGCUAAGAUCCCAAUAAUUGCUGGAGACUGUGACGAUGAAGGAACGGUCUUUUCUCUUACUACUUUAAACAUAACAAACGACAGUGAAUUUAUUGAUUACAUGAAAACAAAUUACUUCGAAGAUAUCGCAUCUGCGGAACAGUUGAAAGCUAUUAGCAUUGCGUACCCUCAGGAUGUUACACAGGGAUCACCAUUCAAUACCGGAGCAUCUAAUGCUUUAACCCCGCAAUUUAAACGCCUAGCCGCCAUUCAAGGAGACUUGGAGUUCCAGGCGCCUCGUCGGUUCUUCUUGGAGACAGCUUCAAAAACACAACCAACUUAUUCAUACCUAUACAAACGGGGCAAGUCUGUUCUUCUCUUUGGGGCUCAGCACGGAUCCGACGUCAACGACUGGUUCGGAAUUGGAACCUCUACCGAUUUUGUUGGAACCGAUGCUGUUGAAUUGACCAAACUUCCAGUAAACUUUGUAAACAACGGAGAUCCCAAUACUUCCAAUGCUCCAAAAGGUUCAAACAUCACUCACAUCAACUGGCCACUCUGGAGCUCCGACAAAGAGAAUCCUCCUAUGUUUACGUUCUUAGAUAGUCCUCAACCAGGAGGGUCUCCAACCACCACCAUUACCCCUGAUACAUACAGGACAGUUGGAAUCCAACAGCUGAUUGACAUAUACUUAAAGAUCGGGACGGCGUAG